GAAGGCUCCUGUUUUACAGCUGCUGCCAUGUGGUUUAGAUGUUAACUAGAUUAAUUAUAGCUGUGUGUUUAACCUUCAGAGGGAGAAACUAUCCUCAAGACUUGUGAGCUGACAUUAGCUUUAGCGGUGUGGCUACACCGGGAGCUGAAUUUUGUGCCCAGACAUCAUGACACUGUUUCACUUUGGAAACUGCUUUGCCCUGGCGUAUUUCCCUUACUUUAUAACAUACAAGUGCAGUGGCCUUUCAGAGUACAAUGCCUUCUGGAGAUGUGUCCAGGCUGGUGCAACCUACCUGUUUGUCCAACUCUGUAAGAUGCUGUUCUUAGCUACAUUCUUCCCCACAUGGGAAGGAGGAGCUGGUGUUUAUGACUUUGUAGGGGAAUUUAUGAAGGCAACAGUGGACCUGGCAGACCUGUUGGGCCUACAUCUUGUGAUGUCUCGUAAUGCUGGUAAAGGAGAGUACAAGAUCAUGGUGGCUGCCAUGGGCUGGGCAACAGCAGAACUUGUCAUGUCCAGGUGUCUUCCUCUGUGGGUGGGAGCCAGAGGGAUUGAGUUUGACUGGAAAUACAUCCAGAUGAGCUUUGACUCUAACAUUAGUUUGGUCCAUUAUAUUGCCAUGGCAGCAGUGGUGUGGAUGUUUACACGAUAUGACCUUCCUAAGAGCUUCAGGCUGCCUGUUACUGUGCUGCUGGCUCUGUGUGUCUAUAAGGCCUUCUUAAUGGAGUUGUUUGUCCAUGUCUUCAUCUUGGGCAGUUGGACAGUGUUGCUGGUCAAAGCCGUGCUGACUGGUGCUAUCUCUCUCUGCUCGCUGUUUCUCUUUGUUACUCUGGUCCACAGCAACUAAGUAAACCUCAGCACCCUGGGAUAGGCCUAUUACAGUCUCUUUGGUCCAGUGUUGACCGGGGUGGUCAUAAAUCAGAAGCUGACCCCUGACACCAUAUCAGUCUUAGUAUCACCAUACAACACCUAAGACUGCUGAAAAAUGCUUGUUGAUAUUGGGUAGUUGGACUGGUCCAAUGUACACAAAACAGGCUGACAUACAGGCCACCAACUGGUGAGCUAACCUUUUCUCCCAGUUUGUUUUGAUCAGCCUGUAUGGUCUGUUGAUGGGGAAAAACUAAAAUUGCAGGAUGAAUGGUGACAUCGGGAGGCUUCUGUAAUAUGAUUGGCUUACCUAAACUGUGUUGCCUUUGAGAAAAGGUUAAUUUUGUAUCUGAAUGACCACAAAUGAAAUGAGACUUUAUAAAUAACAUAUUUCUGUGUGUUGUCUAAUGAACCAACGUAAAUGCCUAGAUUAGAUAGUGAAAUGUACUGAGUGGAUUAAUAACAGAUGGAUGACAGUGAUAGUUCAUUGUGUGGCCACAAAUUUAUCGAUUUAUUUAUAUACAAAUAAAUAUACAAGUACUUGAAACACAACUGUAGCAAGAUUUUUCUAAUUAUUGAAGACAUUGUCAGAAAGAUUAAAAGUUUAACUCAAUAAUUGAAAGUUUCUGCAGUAUGAAUAUACUGAGGUUCCCAGUUCAUUAUGACAUUAUGUUGAAUUGUAAACAUCUGUGAUUUUUGACGCAAAUAAAUGUCUUUCUAUUGUCUUA